ACCACUCACAAAACAAAAGCAAAUAACUUAUCUGAUACACUGUGAACUUGACCACAAGUUUCCAUGGAGAAAACAAUUCAUAUUGCAGUUGUUCCAGGUGUUGGAUAUAGCCAUUUGGUCUCUAUUCUUCAAUUCUCCAAGAGACUUGUUCAACUUCAUCCAAACUUUCAUGUCACAUGUUUCAUUCCCUCACUUGGAUCUCCCUCAACUACCACAAAAUCUAUCCUUCAAACUCUUCCAUCAAACAUCAACCAUACUUUUCUUCCACCUGUGAACCCUAAUGACCUACCACAAGGGACUACCAUGGAAAGCCAAAUGCACCUCACACUGAAUAACUCUCUCCCAUAUUUACAUCAGGCUUUGAAGUCUUUGGCUAAAGAAAUUCCCCUUGUGGCCUUGGUGGUUGAUUGUUUUGCAUUUGAAGCACUGAGUAUUGGUAAGGAAUUCAACAUGUUGUCCUAUAUUUACUACCCUACAGCUGCUACUACACUUGCUUGGAUCUUCUAUUUGCCUAAGUUGGAUGAAGAAACAUCAUGUGAGUAUGGAGAUAUACCAGUGCCUAUAAAAAUACCAGGUUGUGUACCAAUCCAUGGCAGGGAUCUCAUGAGCCCAACUCAAGAUAGGUCAAGUCAAGCUUACAAACAAUUCCUCGCACUUCUUAAACUUUUAAGUUUUGCUGAUGGUGUUCUUGUUAAUAGCUUCCUAGAAAUGGAGAUGGGUCCUAUAAGUGCAAUGAAAGAUGAAGGAAGUGAAAACCCUCCUGUGUAUCCUGUUGGACCCAUCAUCCCGACGAUAGAAAGUUCCGGUGAUGCUAAUCAUGGGUUGGAAUGUCUAACAUGGUUGGAUAAACAGCAACCUUGUUCAGUUUUGUAUGUGUCUUUUGGGAGUGGCGGUACACUUUCACAAGAACAAAUUGUUGAGCUGGCUUUGGGUUUGGAAUUGAGUAAUAAGAUAUUCUUGUGGGUUUUGCGAGCACCAAGUAGUAGUUCAUCUAGUGCAGGAUAUUUUUCAGCACAAAAUGAUGCUGACACUUGGCAGUUUUUGCCAUCCGGGUUCUUGGAGAGAACCAAGGAGAAAGGUUUUGUCAUUACAUCAUGGGUGCCGCAGAUUCAAAUCCUAAGUCACAACUCAGUCGGCGGGUUCUUGACUCAUUGUGGCUGGAAUUCAACCCUAGAGAGUGUGGUGCAUGGUGUGCCACUAAUAACAUGGCCUCUAUUUGCUGAGCAGAAAAUGAAUGCGGUUUUGUUGAGUGAAGGACUAAAAGUGGGAUUGAGGGCAAGUGUUAAUGAAAAUGGCAUAGUGGAAAGGGUAGAGGUUGCUAAGGUGAUCAAGUGUCUCAUGGAAGGGGAAGAAGGUGAGAAAUUGCGCAAUAACAUGAAGGAAUUAAAAGAAUCUGCUUCGAAUGCUGUCAAAGAAGAUGGUUCUUCUACAAACACUAUUUCUCAAUUAGCACUCAAGUGGAGAAAUUUAGUGUAGGAAAACCUAAAAAAAUCCUUGGUGCAUAUCUUUAUGUGUUGUUCCUCUUCAACGCGUUCACAUCAAGAUUCAUGGUGCAUCAUCUCCUAAUAACUUGAUAAUAUAGUCAAAUUACAAAUCUAUAGCAAUAAUAGCAGAAUGAGAGUAGUCAAAAUUACAAACUUAAUCUUUGUAAUUUACAAAGAAGGGAUUGUUUGAAAAUCAAAUCCUAAGUGUAUAUCUUUCUGUUUCGUUGCUAAUUGAUACAUUUGGGAUUUCAUCAAA